AUGACCACUGAGAAAAUCUCGUUCUGUCUCAACUGGCAGGCCACUCCCUACCACAUCCCAGUCUAUCUUGCGUCCACCAAGGGCUUCUUCAAAGAGCAGGGCCUCGACAUCUCCAUCUUGGAGCCCUCCAAUCCGUCGGAUGUCACCGAGCUUAUUGGUUCCGGCAAGAUCGACAUGGGAUUGAAGGCGAUGGUGCACACCUUGGCUGCAAAAGCCAGAGGCUUUCCCGUCACCUCAAUUGGAUCGCUUCUUGACGAGCCAUUCACGGGGUUGCUCUACCUCAAGGGCAACGGAGUCACUGAGGACUUCAGAUCCCUCAAGGGCAAGCGUAUUGGUUACGUUGGCGAGUUUGGCAAGAUCCAGGUCGAUGAAUUGACCAAGUACUACGGUAUGACCCCCGCAGACUACACCACCGUCAGAUGUGGCAUGAACGUAGCCAAGUACUUAAUUGAGGGUUCUAUUGACGCUGGAAUUGGCAUUGAGUGCAUCCAGCAGGUAGAGUUGGAAGAAUUCUGCAAGAAGGAGGGCAGGCCCCCUACCGAUGCCAUGAUGCUUAGAAUCGACAAGUUGGCCGAGCUCGGGUGUUGCUGCUUCUGCACCAUUUUGUACAUUGCCAACGAUAAAUUCAUGGCUGCCAACCCCGAGAAAAUGACCAAGUUCUUGACCGCCAUCAAAAAGGCCACCGACUACGUGCUCCAGCACCCCCACGACGCCUGGGCCGAGUACUGCGACUUCAAGCCUCAGAUGAAGUCGGAAUUGAACGGCAAGAUGUUCGAAAGAUGCUUUGCUUACUUCUCCGACUCCUUGUAUAACGUCAAGCGAGACUGGACCAAGGUCACCAAGUAUGGUAAGCGGUUGGAAAUUUUACCUGGCGACUACGAACCCAACUACACCAACGAAUUCUUAUCUUGGGAAGAGCCUGUCGAGACCAGGGACCCUUUGGAGGCACAAGAGUUGAUAGCCCAGUUACAAACCGAGUGCAGGGCAUGUGGUGGCUACAGAAGAUUGGUCAAGUAG